AUGGGCUCCAUUUACUCCAAGAUAUUAUGCCCAAUUGGAGUCUCUACUCCUCUAGUCCUUGGUCUAUCUAAAGAACAAAGUGCCUUAUCCUCUUCACUUUUCAUGGCUUCCACUGUCCUUCAACUUCUCCAUCAUCCACACCCUUCUCCAUUAAUUUACCCCAGCUCAACCCAAACACCUGUAAAUUCAUUAUUACAUAUAAUCAGUUCACCCCCAAGGAAAUUCUCAAUCAAAUGCUCUACAAACUCAACACCUGAACCUGAUUUUCCUCUUCCCCCUCCAGGUUCUGAAACAACCAUCAGCCCUGAGAAGUUUCCUAUAGAAAAACGAAGAAGAUCGGAGAUUAUACGCGAAAGAAAGUCGAGAACUGGCAUUGUCAAACCUGAGCCACCAAAUUUCGAGAUAGGAUGGAAAAGAACUAAGCCUAUUCCACUGGAGAAGCCUACAGGGUAUGUGAUAAUGGACUUUUUAGAAAAGCUGCUAGAAUUGAUGGACAAGGAAUUUGGUUCGACUGCACUGUUGGCGAAGGUCGGGGAGAUUGUGGCAGAAAGAGCAAGAGAAGAAGCUGAAAUACUGAGAGAUGAAGGGAAAGUUGAGGACAGAAUGGUGACUGAAUUGUUUAGAGUUUUGAAGCUAGUGGAAAUGGACUUGGCUAUGGUUAAAGCUGCAGUGAAAGAAGAGACACUAAUUGAGAGACUUCAACAGGCAAAGGCAAGAUGUAGACAGGCAAUUCUUGUAGCCAAUUCUUUUUGA